CAGGAGAAGAAUUAGCGCUUUUUUCUCUCUCUGGCCGCCGUCAUAAAAUGGCGGCUCCCAUAGCGCCUCAGUGAGACCGGCAACAAACUAGGCCUCAUCUGAUAUUUUCUCCCCCGUUUUAUUCCUAUCACUUUUAUAGUACCUGCAACGGAACCACUGGGCUUUUAUUUAUCACUAGGAAUAAAGAAAAUACUGUCUGCCCCUGGACUUAUAACGAAGGAGGGAAUUCUAUCGCAAGCGAUCUACAAUGGCUGCGACUCCGGCCCUAUCGACAGCAGGUGCUUUACAGCCUCGCUGGAAGAGAGUAGUUGGAUGGUCAGGCCCUGUGCCUAGGCCGAGGCAUGGACACAGAGCUGUGGCUAUUAAGGAACUUAUUGUGGUUUUUGGAGGAGGAAACGAGGGCAUCGUGGACGAGCUGCAUGUUUAUAACACGUCCACAAACCAGUGGUUUAUUCCAGCUGUGAGAGGUGACAUACCGCCUGGAUGUGCCGCCUAUGGAUUUGUCUGUGAUGGGACACGUUUACUUGUGUUUGGAGGAAUGGUGGAGUAUGGGAAGUACAGCAAUGACCUAUAUGAGUUGCAGGCAAGCAGAUGGGAAUGGAAAAGACUUAAAGCCAAAGCACCCAAGAAUGGUCCACCGCCAUGUCCUCGUCUUGGACACAGUUUCUCAUUGGUUGGAAGCAAAUGCUAUCUUUUUGGUGGGCUUGCUAAUGAUAGUGAGGACCCCAAGAACAACAUUCCUAGGUACCUUAAUGAUCUUUACAUCUUGGAGUUGCGCGCUGGCUCUGGAGUUGUAGCUUGGGAUGUUCCUAUAACAUAUGGUAUUCUGCCGCCACCUCGUGAGUCCCACACUGCAGUGGUUUACACGGACAAAGAUAACAAGAAGUCCCGUCUGGUAAUAUACGGGGGUAUGAGUGGAUGCAGACUUGGAGAUCUUUGGAUUUUGGAUAUAGAUACUCUGACCUGGAGCAAACCAAGUCUGAAUGGUGUUGCACCUCUCCCAAGAAGUCUUCAUUCUGCCACAACUAUAUUGAAUAAAAUGUAUGUCUUUGGAGGAUGGGUGCCUCUUGUAAUGGAUGAUGUUAAGGUAGCUACCCAUGAGAAAGAAUGGAAAUGCACUAAUACACUUGCGUGCCUCAACCUUGAGAGUAUGUCAUGGGAGCAUAUAGUAAUAGACACCUUAGAGGAUAACAUUCCACGUGCUCGUGCAGGCCAUUGUGCAGUGGCCAUCAAUACACGUCUUUAUAUUUGGAGUGGUCGAGAUGGUUACCGCAAAGCCUGGAACAACCAGGUUUGUUGCAAGGACCUGUGGUACCUUGAAACAGAGAAACCACCUGCACCUGCUCGUGUACAACUGGUAAGAGCAAACACCAAUUCCCUGGAGGUUAGCUGGGGGGCUGUGCCCACUGCAGACAGUUACUUAUUGCAGCUACAAAAGUAUGACAUACCAGCUGCUGCUGCAGCAAUGUCUCCAGCCAAUCCAGUUCCAUCUGUGCCAGUGAAUCCACCCAAGAGCCCUGCACCUGCAUCUGCAGCUCCAACAGUACAGCAGGUUGCUCACACUGGUAUCACCCUUUUACCGCAAGCAGCCUCUUUACCUCCCACAACAGCCACAAUCCAGGUCUUGCCUACUAUGCCUGGGAGUCCUAUUGCAGUGUCUGCUGCUCUUCGCACACAAGCUGUCCCAGCUGUCCUUAAAGUUGGAGGCCAGCAGUCCACUCUGAGCACGCCUCUAGUUACUGUAAGGCCAGCUAAUCAGAUUAGUAAAGCUCCUGUUACAGUCACUUCUCUCCCGCCUGGUGUGCGUAUGGUUGUUCCUGCACAGAGCACCCAGGGAGCUCCUAUUGGCAGUAGUCAGCCAAUGAGUGGCAUGGCUGCUCUUGCUGCAGCUGCUGCUGCAACACAGAAGAUACCCCCUUCCUCUGCACCCACCAUGCUUGGUGUCCCUGCUGGAGCUACUAUGGUGAAAUCUGUGGCUGUGCCCUCUGGAGUCACCUCACUUCCCACUACUGUCAAAGUGGCAUCCUCUCCAAUAAUGGUCAGCAACCCAGCAACCCGUAUGUUGAAAACAGCCGCUGCACAAGUUGGAACUUCAGUUCCUGGUAGCAAUACACAGAAUCGUCCAAUAAUCACGGUGCAUAAGUCAGGAACUGUGACUGUUGCCCAACAAGCCCAGGUUGUAACCACUGUGGUGGGCGGUGUUACCAAAACCAUCACUCUAGUUAAGAGUCCCAUCUCUGUUCCUGGUGGCAGUGCUUUGAUAUCCAAUCUUGGGAAAAUGAUGUCUGUUGUCCAGACUAAACCAGUGCAAACCUCUGCAAUUACAGGGCAGGCAUCCACUGGACCAUUGACACAGAUCAUACAGACCAAAGGACCGCUACCCGCAGGAACAAUACUGAAGCUUGUAACAUCUGCUGAUGGGAAACCCGCAACUAUAAUUACCACCACGCAAGCUGGAGGCACAGGCACCAAGCCUACCAUCCUGGGUAUUAGCAGUGUUUCUCCAAAUACCACUAAGCCUGGGACUACCACCAUUAUUAAGACAAUUCCCAUGUCUGCCAUUAUCACCCAAGCAGGUGCCACAGGUGUAACAAGCACUGCUGGUAUUAAGUCACCAAUUACCAUUCUUACAACCAAAAUGGGGACCUCUGGCACUGGAACCCCAGCCAAAAUAAUUACAGCUGUUCCGAAACAUACAGCUACUCUUGGACAACAAGGAUUAACACAGGUGGUCCUAAAAGGAGCUCCUGGGCAGCCUGGCACAAUUCUUCGUACUGUCCCAAUGAGUGGCAUGAGACUUGUCACUCCAGUUUCUGCAGUGAAACCUACUGUCACUACCCUUGUUGUGAAAGGCACCACAGGUGUCACCACUCUUGGCACUGUUUCAGGGACUGUUUCAACAAGUUUAGCCGGAGGUGGGGUUCAUAACAGUGCUUCUCUCGCAACACCAAUAAACACUCUGGGCACAAUUGCUACGCUCUCCAGUCAGGUGAUCAACCCUGGUGCCAUUACUAUGUCUGCAGCUCAGACUUCCCUCACUGCAGCAUCUGGACUGUCCACUCCCACCAUUACCAUGCAGCCGCUUUCUCAGCCUACACAAGUGACAUUAAUUACAACUCCUAGUGGUGUUGAGGCCCAGCCUGUUCACGAUCUUCCAGUGUCCAUACUGGCUUCACCAACUUCUGACCAGCCCACAGCUACUGUAACUAUUGCAGAUUCUGGCCAAGGAGACCAACCUGGCACUGUCACUUUGGUUUGCUCCAACCCACCUUGUGAAACUCAUGAGACUGGAACCACCAAUACUGCCACCACCAGUCUUGUAAAUCUCAGCAGCAUUGUCCAGCAACCUGGUGGCACUUUACAAUUUGUUUGUGAAGGUCAAGAGCCUGGAACAUAUGUAGCAACUUCUUUAGCACAAGCAAAUGGCAGUGUGGUGAGAGUUUGCUCAAAUCCUCCAUGUGAAACCCAUGAAACAGGAACUACCCAGACAUCAACUACAGCCAUGGCCAGUAUUGGCCAAACAGGAAUAGUCACAAGGGUUUGCUCCAACCCACCUUGUGAAACCCAUGAAACUGGAACCACUCAAACUCCAACAACAGCUAUGUCAAAUAUCGGCAGUGGGGAGAUGGGAACUGUGACCAGAAUUUGUUCAAAUCCCCCUUGUGAAACCCAUGAAACAGGAACUACUCAAACUUCUACCACAGCGAUGGCAAAUAUGGACAGUGGGCAGGGUGAAAGCAGUAAGAAAAUUUGCUCUAAUCCACCGUGUGAGACUCAUGAAACAGGCACAACUCCAACAGCUACAACAGCUAGAUCAAAUAUUGGCAAAGAACAAACAGACAAUACUCAAAGGCUGUCUAAACCGCCAUGUGAGACGAUGCAAACUGUAUCUACCCAUACAGUCAUGACUGUGCCUGAUAGCUUUACCAGUGGACUGACUAGUUCCAACCUUCCUUGUGAAACACAUGAGACGAAUAUCACCAGCACAACCACAGAUGUAACUGCUAACGUCGGAACAGACCAGUCACAAAAUGUUGUUAAUGUAUGCUCUGACCCACGUUCAGAGACCUAUGAAACUGGCACCAUUAAUACUCCUACCACAGCAAGAUCUAACAUUGGUUCUGGGCAAACGGAGAAUGCCAAUGAAACGCCCUGUGAGACCCAUCAGGUGACUUCCACACAAACCAGGAUGACCAUAUCGGAGUCAAAUAAAGUACCAUCUUCAAGUAGUGAGGCCAACGAUAUUGUUGAAGACAACCAAACUGGGAGCUCUGUGUGUUCCAAUCCAUCCUGUGAGACUCAUGAAACUAACACCACCAAUACCUCAACUACUUCUAGGUCCAACAUUGGGGCAGAGCAGGCUGCAAAUAUCCAGCAGCUUUCCAAGAACACAGACCAGGUGAUCUCUGCAGGAAGUACAAAGACUGAACCAAACAUCCUAGAGCAGCGGGUGUGCUCCAACCCUCCUUGUGAAACCCAUGAAACCAAUACUACCAACACUGCAACAACAUCAACAUCUAAUAUAGACAACCAGCCUACUGCUCCUCCUACUCAGCAAGUCUGCUCUAACCCUCCUUGUGAAACUCACGAGACUGGAACAACCCAUACGGCCACCACAGUUACAGCCAGCAUGGGAACCAACGAAGAUCAGCCACCUGCCAGUGGGGAAGAAGAAGAACAACAGUCUGAGCAGGCUGAUGAAUCUAUCCAAAGCAGCAACAUCAGUACUGGGUCCUCAUCCUCCCCUGUUACUAUAGUGGCUGUAGCUGCUACCGCAUCCUCCUCUCCAGUACACUCUACAGUGCCAGCUGUCUCCAGAGCAGUAACAACUGUAACACAGUCCAGGCAACUUCCUGGACCGUCUGUGCCGAACAUCUCUUCUAUUACUGAACCAUCCUCUGACGUUGCUGUGCAAGGAUCUGAAGCAGUUUCGUGCCCGGAGCAGUCAAAAGCUCCACUUUCCUCCGAUAUUCUUCAGCCAUCUAAGGACGUACAAUCUGAGGCAGAAGCACUUCAGCAGCCAAUGGAUAGUGCAGUGCCAGAACACAAUGCAGCAGAGCUGCAUGCAGCUAUUGAAGCAGAAUCCAGUCAGAAUGCUGCAGUGGCUGCUGAACAACAUGCAGUAGAACAGCUGUCUCUUCCUCAAGAACUUAUGGCAGAAGGGCAGACAACCACGCUGAUGGUGACAGGACUGACACCCGAAGAACUUGCUGUAACUGCUGCAGCAGAGGCAGCAGCUCAAGCCGCAGCAACAGAGGAAGCCCAGGCAUUGGCCAUCCAAGCUGUGCUACAGGCAGCCCAGCAGGCAGUGAUGGCUGCAUCUGGGGAACCUAUGGAUACCUCUGACGUGGCUCAUGCUGAGCUGCGUCACCUGACGACUGAAGGGCCUACAACAACCAUUCCCAUUGUCCUUACACAGCAAGAGCUAGCAGCCUUGGUGCAGCAGCAACAACUCCAGGAGCAACAGCAGAUUCAACAACAUCAGCUCCAACAGCAGCAGCUUCAGCAACUGCAACAGCAGCAGUUGCAACAACAGCAACAGCUUCACCAGCAGCAGCUGCAACAUUUACAGCAAUUGCACCACGUGCCUACAGAGGCCCUCGCACCAGCUGAUAGUCUUAAUGAUCCUGCCAGUGAAAGCAAUGGGCUCAGUGAACUAACUAGUGCUGUGACCAACGCAGUGGCACUUUUGCCAACUACAGCCACUGACAAUUUGACUGUAUCCAAUACUUUCACAGCUCCUCAACCUGUUGUGAUUGCCAGUCCUGCCAAACUGCAGGCUGCAGCUGCUCUAACAGAGGUUGCGAACGGAAUUGAAUCGAAACAGGAUUCCCCACCACAACAGGCUAAGGCUCCAGUGAAAAAAGAGAAUCAGUGGUUUGAUGUGGGAGUAAUAAAAGCCACUAAUAUGAUGGUGACACAUUAUUAUCUGCCUGCUGAUGACUCUGUUAAUGAUGAUGACUCUGUUGUUCUGCCGGAUUACAGCCAGUUGAAGAAGCAAGAGCUGCAGCCUGGCACAGCUUACAAAUUCCGGGUUGCUGGUGUAAAUGCUUGUGGUCGUGGACCCUACAGUGAAAUAUCAGCUUUUAAAACUUGUUUGCCUGGUUUCCCUGGCGCACCAUGUGCCAUAAAGAUCAGCAAGAGCCCUGAUGGAGCUCACCUUACCUGGGAGCCUCCCUCUGUGACCUCAGGCAAAAUCAUAGAGUACUCCGUUUAUCUGGCCAUCCAGAGCAGCCAAGCCAGUGGAGAACAGAAGUCAACACCAGCUCAGCUGGCUUUCAUGAGGGUGUACUGUGGCCCUAACCCUUCUUGUUUGGUGCAGUCCUCCAGUCUUUCCAAUGCUCAUAUAGAUUACACCACAAAACCUGCCAUAAUCUUUCGCAUUGCUGCUCGAAAUGAAAAGGGCUAUGGACCUGCCACCCAAGUCAGGUGGCUGCAGGAAUCUAACAAGGAUGGAUCAGCUGGGAAGCCUGCCAAUAAGCGGCCCGUAUCCUCCCCUGAUAUGAAAACGGCUCCAAAGAAAGCAAAGUCUGAUCACGCCUGAUCAAAAUCAUAGCAGCUGUCCAUCCUGUUAAAGACCCUCCAACAAAUUGCUCCUUGCUGUUCCUCAAUUGCUAAACCCCAUCGUUUUUUAAAAAAAAUAUAUAUAUAUAUUGCUUGUUCUACACUGGCUCUUUGGGUUGGUAGUAAGGCCUGGUUUUAUUGCUCUGCCUCCCCUCCUCUUUAUUUUUUUUUUUUAUGAUUAAUUUGUAAACCAAUUGUGGGAAUAGCAGCAAAAGCACAUUUUUACUUUUCUCCCUUUUUUGAGAGGUUGAAAUGAACUUCAAUUUAUCGCAUUUUCUCAGUAUCAGUGUUUUCAGGUUUUGUUUUGUUUUGGUUUUUUUCUCUCACCAACCACCUUGCCCUUCCAUGGGCUAGAGGCAUAGAGGACACUUGUAAUGUAAAUGAAUAGGAGUUUGUCACCUGGACAAGCAAACCGUUCCAAAAACCCACCUUUUUUCACUAUUGAAUAUUCAAACAUGGGGAUUUUUCCACAAGCCUUCCUGAUUGGUCCGCACUGUUUUCUUUGUACAAGUAAAUGGGAGCAUCAAUUUUGGGAACUUGCUUGAUUUAUCCGCAACCGAAGCACUUGGACUUACAUCACAGCCAUCCUGGUGUUUAGAGGUGUAAUGGUUUUUUUUAAGGACAUGAGUGGACUUUGAGUAGGGGUGAGUAAAUUUGAACUGUAGUCCUGGAAGGAUCUUAUUACCUGUGCUACUUUUUAAAUGGACAGAGCCAUGCUGCACAACUAAUGCGGCACAUCUGGUUAUGAUCCGUACUCCUCUCUUCUGUUUCUGCGAUGGGUGCCGCAUGUGUAUAAACGCUUCACCAACAAACAUUUGAUUGACUUGACGUUCUCAAGACAAAUGAGGAGUGAGCUUCACGUGCAUAAAUUCUUUGCCCUUUUUUGUGCACAGGGUGCUCUGGAAACUUGUUCACAUCUUGCCAGACGUUACCAGGAAACUUCUUCUCCACCAACAAUAUUUCACAUUUUUUUAAUAUCUAUAUAUAUAUAUAUAUAUAUAUUGAAACAUUGUUUGUUUGAAUGAAGUUUUCAAUUUGUAUAACCAUUUCCAAUGUGUGGAGUCUAUAUAAUUUUUUUUUCCCCCCAGUUUAGGAUGGCAGUCAGUAAUACCCCUCUGAUCGCCACCCAUUUAAAGCUUAUUGAUCACAUUAGGUUCAUGGGUAGUUGCUGAAACCAGUAUUGCAGGCUGAGAGUUUUCCUUAUUGAUGGCAUCACCUUUAUUGGCUUUUUUUUUUUGCCAACAUAGCCAAGGAUGUCUUAUCUGGCAAAGAAAAGCAACAAAUUUUGUACAAAGUUCUGCAUUGUACGCUUUAAAUAUCGUUGUCCCCCUCCUUUUAUAUAAGCUUAGUUGACCCAGACCAACACCUGUCUUUUCCUUUUAUUGUGCUUUCUGUAGGGAAAAAAAAAACAUUACGACAUGGUUUGUCAGGGGACAGUCCUGUUUCCAAAGCUAUAAUACAUCAAGGUGAGAGAUAAUUCCCGCCCCUGCACUGUUCAGUUUUUUUUUUUUUUCUUCCUCAUGCCUUUUUUUCCGAGGGAACCAUCAAAUUUAUAAAUUUCGAAUCCCAUCCCCCCCCCCCCCCCGGGGCUUGCCAAUUGUUUCUUCCCUCCUCUUCACCAGAAAGUCAGUAACCCCCCCAGUACUUGGAGGGAAGGCAGUCUAAAUUGGCAAAUUCAUAUACAUAAGUAAAGUAUAUAUACAUAUAUAAAUAUAUAUGCGCACCGUUGGAGCUGUUGUUAAACAGGCUUCUUUAAAUGGGUGUGGGAUUUUUUUUUCUUUUUGUAACAAAAUAAAAACAUGGUUUAUAAGAAAAUUUAAAAAAAAAAAAAAAAAAAAAACAGCCGUAGCUAAAAGCAUGAUUUUGGGUUUUUUGUUUUUUUUUUUUCUACAAAGAAAAAAGGAAACCACAAAAAGAUCAUUUAGGAUUUACAUUAUUUCAGUAACUUUUAUCAGACUCUUCCUCAUGUUGAGCUGGUUAAAUGUGUGUACAUAUAUAUAUAUAUAUAUAUAUUUUUUUUUUCCCGCCUUUUCUUUUUAUCUCUAGCAGGUUCCAAAACUUCUGCGUACAUGGCACAACAUUUUGCCACUGUGGUAUUUUGGCUUUUUUUUGUAAAAGUGUGCGCUAGAAAUGAAGUCCUGACCUCCCUUCCCCCCCUCCCUCCUCGUAGUCAAAAGGGGGAGUUGUUUUUCCUAGUCCUCGUGUGUUUUCAGUUUUGUUUUUAUGCCUGAUAUAGGACUGUCAGGGGUUUAAACCUGCCCUUGCAUCCACGUUUGAUCAAUGGCUUGAUUAUAGGGAUGGGGGUAGCUGCAAUGUUCUGAGAAGGUAUCUGAUAAUUCUAUGAAUUGUCAGUUUUUAAGUAACUGCUCCCAGGACGGAGAUUGUCUUGAGUCGUAUUGCGAGUUCUGGCUCUUAUGUUGGUAGGGAAGGCAGCCUUGAAGUCGGAGGUGAAAUAAAUUAGUAGUACAGGAAAAGGAAGAAUUAAGCGUUACGAACAGCGUACAAGAGAGUUUGUCCUUUAGUAGUGGCCUGUCCCCGUACCCCCCCCCCCC